CAUGUUAUUGAGUUCUGUCGGUGUGUCGCACUAUAAAAACAACUUAAAUUGGAUUUAUAGAUGUCAUAUUCUUCAUUCAAUUAUUUCAUCAUUUUUUAAAAACUUGUUGUUCUUGACAUUACAACAACACUGUUCCUAAGAUUUUAAUCGAAUUUGAGUGUCGUAAAGUUGUUUUUCGCACAGUAAAUGCUUUACGGUAGCAAUAAUUUUGACAGGCAGAAGCUAGCCUAGCAACAAACUUUAGAAGUUAUUAGCUAGCUACAGUACAUUAGUUGGGUUUGCUACAGACAAUACAUUAUAUAAUUUAAAAACAGAUUCGCAACUGGUGGCAACUUUAACCGUGCAAGCGACUUUUUUUUUCUUCCGUUUUAGCUAACAUUAGCUGAUUAAACGCACUGUCUGCAUGCGAACAAUAACGAAAUUAACAACAACAUGCCAACCAUGGGAAUGGCUGAAAUAGAUUCCAGCAGUGUCAACGGGGUGCUAACAUGCAGCAAAGAAGUGGUGGUGAUGGACCGAGACAGGGAAGACCUCGGGACGCUGUGCGCUGAAGAAGAUUUGGUGGCAUCCGCGCUUGCUGCCACUAUCACCUCUCAAGUUAUUGUGGAAGAACUGAGAAGGCUUGGGUUAUGUUCAAACAUAGAGGGAGACGUGGAAUACGUACCAUACGAGUCUGAACUGCAAAUGUCAGACAUCAAAAGGCUUAUUACCAAGGACUUGUCAGAGCCUUAUUCGAUUUAUACAUAUAGGUAUUUCAUUCAUAACUGGCCUCAACUCUGCUUCCUGGCGAUGGUGGACAAGGAUUGUGUUGGUGCCAUUGUGUGCAAACUGGAUAUGCACAAGAAGAUUCACCGUGGCUACAUUGCCAUGUUGGCUGUGGACUCCAGAUACAGGAGGAAAGGAAUUGGUACAUAUCUAGUCAAAAAGGCUAUCUAUGCUAUGGUGGAUGAGGACUGUGAUGAGGUGGUGCUGGAGACUGAGAUCACCAACCAAUCAGCCCAGAAACUGUAUGAGAACCUGGGCUUUGUAAGGGACAAGAGGCUCUUCCAAUACUAUUUAAAUGGAGUGGAUGCUCUACGGCUCAAACUGUGGCUCCGGUAGCAAUACAGUCAGUGUCUCUGGCUCUGAGACCUCUUUCUCCCAGUCUCAGGAACAAACGUCCUCCCUACGAGGGAAACAUCAAAGCGACAUAAAAUCCAGAAAGAUCAGGAAGGAAAAUUGGAGACCGGUACCACAGUUUUCUUUGUUGAAUUGGGAGUACUUGUGGCAUUUUAGUGGCCAGUGGAAAUGAACUGCAAGUAACCACACCCUAGCCCUUGACCUCGACCAAACUAAAUCAAUUACAAACAAAGCAACAGCUUGCCUCUGUCCUUUUAUUUUUUUAUUUAGAGGACUAAAAACAUGGUGAAAACACAAGUUGGGAAGAAGAGUAAGACUAUGCAAACUGAAUGUUUUCAUAAAGCCAUUUAUAAGGGCUAUACAGCCUAAAUGCUUCAGACGUCAUAAGAAAAGAGGAUACCUCUCACUUGAUUCAAGAACUAAAUGCAGCUGUCCCUUGUCUUGUUGUGUGUUCACUGUAGCCCCAGGUGUGUGGUAGCUGGCCAGUUCUACUCUCUCUCUAAUCCCGCUAAGAGCUUCCAUCAGGAUUUUCAUAAAGGUGGAGAGGAUUGCUGCAAUAAGCAAUUUCCUGUUAGGGUAAAAGGAGCCCUGAAGUGCAAUAUAUCUUUUCAAUGUUGAAGGGAAUUGGGGAGCACAAGAGGUCUUCAGUGUGCUUCUCAUUAAACAAAAACUCAGCCCCAAAGAUAAUUUAGAAAAUACAUUAUCUUUGAAGCUAAAUUAAACGGUCAUUGAGGGAAAUUAUUUAGUACCAUUUGUACGUACCCAUUUUUGUCUCUGUACCAUUGUGUCUAGAGGUCUUGAAGACGUGAAACAAUAUGGUCAGAUAUCUUUUAUGGGUCUUCUUUCAAAAGUGUAUCGCAAGACACCUUUCAAUUUAAGAUGGACAAAGUAAUGUAUUUGAAAAUUCAUUGCUGGGAUUUUGUACUUUUUGGUGGUAGUAUUUUGUCUGUCCAUUUUCCAUUGUUUUAGAGAUUAAAAUUGAGUAACAAAAUUAAAGUAACUUUUGGUCCUUGAAAA